AUUAGUACAAACUCAUACUUUAUGGUAUUGUUACUUGCAAUCACUUGCAACCAUAGACUGUAUAUAACGAAUACUUUUUCCACCAUUAAAUAUUAAUCAGUUUAAAUAAUAAUCAGUUGCAGUUUCAACAUGUUGCCACCAGAGUGCAGCACUGACACUUUGAUUACUUUGAUUUCGGUCCUCACCAAAUCUACACAUCUAAAACCAAAAAUGUGCAUGCAUGCGCACAAAAUACAUUCACACUUCUCUAAAUACACUUGUUUUUCCUGCAGAUGUGUAGGAAUGUGAUUGAAAACUAUAUGCUGCACCAAAGACAGAAAACAAAAUGCACAUAAAUCCAUGCAAACAACAAGACUUUUUAAACCAAAUAACAAGUUAAAUGUACUUUUUAACUCCACCAACUUAAACACCAAUGCAACCUUACGAAGUUUAAUUUUGUUUAUUUAUUUUAUUACCAAAUGACCCAAAUCAAUAUGAUUUGCUUGCUGCAAACGAGGUCAUGUUUUAAACCAGAUGAUGUGGUUGGUGGUUUACUGGGAUCCAGAUGACCUGCAUGUUCUCACAGCAGAUUAACGGCUCCUGUAACACCAGCAGUUAACCUGUGUUUCCACGGUGAUUAACGGAGCCUGGUUAACAGUAUCACUCAGCAGGGUGCAUACUGAGAUAACCUUUCCUUUAUAGGGCUCUGCAGGUCACAAUGUUCACAAUAUUGGGACUCAUCUCUUAUAGGUUAGCCCCUGUGACUGUAAGUAAAAAAGUAGCCUACAUUUAGUAUUUUGUUUUCAUGCCACUUUAUACAUUUGCUACGAUACAUUUAGGUCUAGUUAGCCUAUACUAAUCAAGAUUUCUGCAUUACAAACAUAUGAACAGCAUAUAAAAUAUGAUGAUUUGUUAUAAAUUAAACUACCAACAAUUUAUACUACAGCUGAAAGGACAAGUCAAUUAAUCAAUUAAUCAGUUAGUCAAUUGAAAGAAAAUUAAUUGCAACUACUUUGAUAAUCAUAUGGUAAUUUUUUCAUAUGAAAACAUUUCAUGGUUCCAGCUUCUCAAAUAUGUAGAAUUGUUUUUUAAACUUUAAUUGUUAAUGUUGAGGUUGCAGCAUGGGGAAGGUCAUUUUGGGCUCUCUGUGAAGGUUUUUUUUAUACCAAUUUUUACAAACCAAACAAUCAGUUGGAGAAAAUAAUGAGCAGAUUAAUCCAGAAUAACAAUAAUCAUUAGUUGCAGUCCGAUACAAAAUAGUUUAAAGUUAGCUCCACCUCAACAACCACAGCAGUAAAAUCCUUCUUUUACAUUAGGCUAAUGCAUGAGGAUUAAUAAUGUAAUUAUAGACUAUAUAGGCCUAUAGGCUAUUUAAUAUAUAUUACAUAGUACUCUUAUGUUUAUGUAGCCUACAUGUAAAAUUUCACACUUACUUUAUGUAAUUGUCUGUUUCCCGUGCCAAUAAAGCCCCAAUGAAUUGAAUUGAAUAACAGUCAAAGGUGACAUUUUUCUGCAUGAAGUAUUUUUACUUUAAUACUUUAAGUACUUUUACCUAAGAAAGAUUUUCAAUUAAGGACUUUUACUCGUACCAGAGUAUUUUUACACUGUGGUAUUAGUACUUUUACAUAAGUAUGCUCCACCACUGGUCUAUUUUGUAAAACUGCAGCGUGAUCCCUGUCUAACCGGGGGGCGUGGCUUCCUGUGUAUGUGGGCGGGGCCAGAGGUUUACCUAGGAGCCAGCAGCAGCGUGAUUGACAGCUGAGCGGCUUAAAACCUCAGGAGCGAAGCGGUUUCCAGAAACUGCCGAAAGGGCACAAACAACCGAGUUAAACCGAGAAAGACCGGGAUUUACAGCCUACACGUUAGAGUUUAAACUGCUUAAUUUUGUUUUUGGAACAAGAAGUAACAGCUGGACAUUAGACCGACAUUUCUCCCCCCCCUGACCAGCCGAGGACAACAGGCAGCGGGCUCUCUCGUCCAUGUCGUCGCAGCAGCUGCACAGAGGCCAGCAGCUGCCCACCAAGUCCAGGGAAAGGGCCUGAUCUUGGGCUGAGAGAGCCAGCUAAUGUCCCUUGCUCCGUUCAUCAGACACCCACCAUCCCACACACUGAACUGGAUCAUGCCAUAGCCGCCUGACUGACAAUCAAAAAUGAUGGCCUCGGUGGUUGUCGGGGGCAACCGGAAGAAGUCUCUCACGUUGAGAGGGGUGGACCCCGAGACCUGCAUGAUCGUGUUUAAGAACCACUGGGCACAGGUAGUAAAGAUUCUGGAGAAACACGAGCCGGGUCGUAGCGGUACUGGUGCGUUGAGUUUCCUCUCUGGUCAUGCCAGUAGCAGCAGCUCCGGAGCAUUACGCCUCGGUCCCAUCCCGGCUGACGAGGCCAGCGCCGUCCAGAACUACGUGGAACACAUGCUCUUCCUGCUCAUGGAGGAAGAGGCGGGGCAAGGAGGAGCGAUGGGUACCAUCCUGGAGUUUGUGGUUCUGGAGGGUGUGAUGGAGAGGCUGUUUCUGUGGAGCCUGAGGAGACAGUUUACUGAGGACAUGAAGCUGGAGCAGCUCAGGAUGUACCAGAUGCUUCUAUCUCAGGCCAAGCAGCCCCUACUGCACCAUAAACCAGUUCUACGACCGCUCAUGAUGCUGCUGGCGUCCUGCGCUGGAGCGGGAACUGACAGCGGUAGUGUUGUGGAGGCGGAGCUGGUCCUCCUGUUGAACCAGCUGUGCGUGGCUCUGGUCAAAGAUCCCUCAGUGCUGGAACUGUUCUUCCACACCAGUGAGGACCAAGGAGCCGCCAACUUCCUGCUCUUUUCCCUGCUCAUACCGUACACGCACAGACAGGGUUCGGUUGGUCAGCAGGCCAGAGAUGCUCUGCUGCUCAUCAUGUCUCUGUCGGCCUCAGAUCCCCGAGUCGCCCAGCACAUCGCCGAGAACACAUACUUCUGUCCUGUGCUGGCAACAGGUCUGUCUGGUUUGUACUCGUCUCUUCCAGCCAGGCUGCAGGUUUACAGUGAAGACUGGCACUGUCUGGACCAGGCUGACUGGCAGCAGGUUCCUGCACUCGUCCACUUCCUGCACUCACUGGACUUCUGUAGUGCUGUUACCAAGGUCGCUCAUCCCUCAAUCCGGUCUCAGUUGCUAGGUUACAUCUACAACGGCUUCCUGGUGCCUGUACUGGCUCCCGCUCUGCACAAGCUGACGGUGGAGGAGGUGAUGACCACCACGGCGUACCUGGAUCUCUUCCUGCGGUCCAUCCCUGAGCCCGCCCUCCUCCAGACCUUCCUGUCCUUCAUCCUGCUGCACACACACGACAACGUGCACAUCCUGGACACUCUGGUCAGCAGGGUCAACACACCUUUCCAGUUGGGUACGGUGUCACUGGCCCUGUUCAAGACUCUGAUUGGUCUCUUCUGUGAAGACGUCAUGUUGCAGCUGGUGUUCAGGUAUCUUAUCCCCUGCAGCCACCUGAGCAGGAAGCAGCGCUGCUCCCUAAAGCAGAGGGACUGUUACUCCUCCAGCGCCGCCUCCUUCCUGCUCCUCUUGCCCUCCUGGUGCCCCGGGAACAUUCACAACACUAACACACACUCAGAGCACAUCCACUGGUCCAAAGGAUCAGAUCUGUCAGUAUCGGACAGCGUUAGUUACUGUCGUGGUUCAGACUUUUUGAUGGAUGUAAACUAUCUCCACUACCUCUGGGAUGCCCGCCAGGCCAUCUCCACUUCCUACAGGGCAUGUCGGCUCUGGUCGGCUCCGUAUGACGGGAUCAACCCUCUGCCUCAAGAAUACCGAUCUGACACACCAGGGGACGACGUAGAAGAUGAGGAAGAGAUUAUACCGCGAGUCAAGAGUGAUUCCAUCUGCUCUUUGGUCAUCACUCCACCCCCCUUGUCCCUCUCCCCCACCCUUUCCUCCUCAGAUACCAUCUCCACGGGCAACCGCACAGGAAGAGCCAGCUCUGCGCUGGAGCUGGAGUGGGAUGACAUUUUUGAAGAUGACGAUUCCUCUUUAUCAGCGGUGAUAAACACGGCACUAGCAAAUGGCAGCAUGACCAUGGAGGUCGACAGAUGCACUUCUACCCCUGCACUUCACCCUCUACCUCCUAGACACAUCCAAGAAAUGCGGCGCACUGCUACCAAGCUGGUGCACGGCUCGUACGUAGAGGAAUCUGAAUUUGAGGAUGACGUUCUGGUCUACGAUCUCGUUGCGCAGAAAGACACAAAGGUGGCCAUUUUGGAGCGAAUCAUGGCAUCGAAUCGGCAGGCACGUGGAAGCAUCUCAAAUGGCCAACGACUGUCAAAAGCAGCUACGACAACAACAAUAACAACAAUGUUAACGACAACGGGGAGGACGGUAAUGGAAACAAUUAACAGUAUAAUGUCAACAAGGAGGAGGAGCGAGGAUGGAGGUAAAGAGGAAAGAAGAAGGAGUGAGGAUUAUGGGAAGGAGAUGAGGAGGAGGACUAGUGAGGACUGUGUAAAGGAGAUGGGGAGAAGUAAGGAGGAAGGAGACAAUGAGAUAAAGAGGCUGGAUGUACAAGGAGAGCCAAAGGGAAGUCAGUUUUUCACCAACGGCUUUAAUAAGAAUCACAUCAUCGAUGAAUGUGAUGAUAUUGGUGAAGACUACAAGCUGUUCAAGGAAAACUGCAACCUGAGUGACUUCACAACUACUAUCAAUCUCACACACCACAACACAAAGCAUCCCAAGCAAUGUUUAGUGACAAAGGCUUUACCCAAUGGCCAUCUUGAAUUUGAGCCACAUGACCCUUUGAUGUCUGCAACUGAUGCCAAGCCUCCCAGUCUGCCUUGUAACAAAGUCACUAAUAAUGAUGACUUCCUGUCUCAAUACCACGAGCUCAUGCUCUCUUUGGGUGUGGAGCCAGACUGCGACGACAUCACAGAUGACAUCGGCACAUUCAGGAAGCGUGUCCGAGCUCUGAGGCAUAAACUGGAAGAGGAGGAGGGAGGAGAAGGUGAGGAAUUUUUAUUUAGCUCCUCGUGGGAUGAAGGAGACGGGGAAAAAGAGGAGGAGGCAAUGGACGAGGAAGAUGAAGGAGAGGAGAGGAGGAGCAGCAUUAAGAAAGGCAGCAGCAGGCACGGAGUUCCAUUUACAGGUCCGUUCAUCAGCGUCCUGUUGUCCCGGCUCGAGAACCUCCUGGAAAACUCCAUUGCUGUGAACCUGCUGGUGACGGGCAUCCUGGCCCAGCUGGCCUCAUACCCCCAGCCUCUUCUGAGAUCCUUCCUGCUCAGCACAGACACAAACAACCAGCCCAACGUACGCACACUUUACCAGGUGUUGGUGUCAGUGCAUGCUCAGAUAGAGCUCUACGUGGCAGCCAGACCAGACUAUCCUGCCCUGGUCACUGAGGCCUGGCGGUUCUUGUUGGCUAAAGACCAGGACAGCAAGUUUAGAGAGUGCCUGCAGUCUCAGUGCGGCGACAUCAUCCUGGACCCAUCUCUUCCUAAUGGCUCUGUGAGGAACGCUCUGGCUUUGCCUCCUUUCAGUGUCUUGCCGCCUUGCCCUCCUAUUCCCCCACAAGCCAAGAGCCGAGUGUUCGCCAUCAUCCUGUUCGCCGAGUUCCUGAAAGAGCUGGCCGCCAUCGCUCAGGAGCACAGCAUCGCACUGGACUGUUCUGCCGAGGAGUAAAGGUAGAGUGUAGUUGGCGCAAACCACCAGUCCGGCUGUGAUAAUCUGCCUCAGAUAUAGCUGUUGAUGCACUUCUGAUCAGAGCACUGCGGAUAACGUAUCUAAGGAGCUGCUAAGUGGUCAUCAGACCAGACUGAAGGCUGCUGAAAGCUCUAAAAGUACAAGCACGAAACAUGCACAUACAUCACACAUGGAGCAGCAAUGUGUGAGUAAUGAAUGUGUGUGUAGUAAUUAAAUGUUGUUUUUAUGCAUAUAUUUGUAUGUAAACUAUGUUUAUAUUCCUGGCAGCACUUGAAUAUUUCGAUGUUCUCCCCAUGGAUGAUAUUUAUAUGAAGAUGAGAAUUAUUUGAAGGAGAUUAUUUUGAAGAUAAAUCAAUGUUUUCUACAUAUUUUGUGAGAUUAUUGCAAAUAGUUUUCUGUGCUCUUUUUGGAAAUCUUUGCACUAAUGUGGAAAAAAUGAAUAUGAUUGGGAAUUUUAUUUCAGACCUUAUUUCUGUGGCGGUCAUUUUAAAUCAACCUUCUACUCAGGAUAGGAAACUUGAUGCAUAAACUAGAAGUAUCAAAAUAAAAGUAACUUAUAGUACUUUAUUCAAUUUAAUGUUCUGUUAAUAUUUCAAAGCAUUCAGAAAGUUUCUAGUUGACAAGAUAAGAAAAGCUGACUUUUAAUCUUGAAGUUCAAAUGUACUACACUGACAUCAGCAAUAUCACCAAGUGAUAGAAAUUUAAUGACUUAUUAAAUAAAAUAAACACUUUGUUGAUACAGAAGAUGGGUGAGUGGAAGCAGGGGGGCUAUCACCUGCUCAACUUAAUCCCAUUUUAAUUAUUUAUUUUGUUUUUAAAAGCCAUUUCCUUCUUUUUUUUCCCCCUCCAAAAUGUCUCAGUUUUGUUCAACAAUUAACAUAAUGUCACUGCUACUCAUACAAUUUCUUAAGACACAUUUAUAUAAAUUAUGUUUUUUUUUUUCAAAUUAAUACAAAAAAGUAAUUACUUUUUUGUUUGCAUUUUAAACAAAACCAAACAAAACUGGAACCUCGGAGGGUUUAUCAAAGUGUGGCUCCACAUUUCUAUUUUUCUUUUUUAAUACAGCUGAAAUUGUCAUUUUUUAUGUAAUGCUGAAAAUGAUAAAGAUGAGUGACACACUUUGAAUCUGACUUAUAAGAGGAAGAGCCUCUGUGGUCAGUUGUUUCUUCCUGUUUAUAAAGUGUGCAAGUAUUUAUAUGCACAAUACAAACACACAGAAUAAUAACAAAGCCUUACUUUAACCUACGCUGACACUUUAGUGCAAGAAACCAAGACGGAAAAAUGAAAUGUCAUAUGCAAAUAUCAGAUCUUAAGUUAUUUAAUUUGCACUUCUAUCAACAUGUAUGUCAUUAUGUUUAAUGUAAAAUAUGUGAUUUUUGUUGACAUAUUUCUUUCAUGUUUUCCUUUUUUCACCUGAAAGAAGUGAAAGUAUUUGCUGCUCCUGUGGUGUUCACUUUGUGCUGCAUUCAGGUCAAGUGGUAGAAGAAGGUAAAUCUGAGUUCCUGGUUACAGAUAUCAUUCAGCUGAACUUUCAGGUGGCAAAUACAACAGAAAACACUGUUCUUCUUCACGGGGUAUUCAAACUAAUCUGAACUCAAAAAAAUGUAUCCAUGUAAUAGAAAAUGCUGUAAAUACACAUUACCAGCCUCUUUUCCUAAUACAAACUGUGUUACCAUGCAGACUUUGGGAUGGACCAAGCUGGGCAAACUACUGCUCUCAGUUCAGCCGGCUGUCCAUUUGCUGAACGUUGAUACUGCCACCUGCUGGAAUACGUUUCUUCUUUUUACUGUCUCUCAUUUCUCCUUUUAGAAUAAAUUAUUGCCAAAAUGAUGUGAAACAAAAUCUGAUUUUGACAAUCUAAUUUUGAGAUGGCCAUAAAAUAUCUUGCUGAAUGUUA